AGUUUCCCUGUGUGCAUAGAGCAGGAGUGUCCUGCACCAGCAGCACAGAAAACUCUCCUGUUGGGACAGAGGCAAAGACAUUUAAGAUCCUGUCACUGGGGCUCAGACGAGAUGGCCGAGAGGAAAGCCGUCCUGUUCAACUUCUGGGGAGUUGCUGUCUCUUCCAGACUUCAUGCAGUUUUCCACAAGUUUGAGCAGUUGCACAACCUGCCGGGUGGUUUCCUGUCCAGUGUGGCGUCCCAGAAGGACAGCGCUAUGAGCCGGGCGGAGAGAGGCGAGAUCACGCUGUCUCAGAUGAUCCCGGCCUUUGAGGAGGAGUGUGUGACAAAACAGGUCAAGGGUUUGACUCUGCCGUCUGAUUGGUCCAUCAGCGGCCUGUUGGAGGAGCUCAGAGAGGCGAUGAUGGACGUCCAACCAGCUGUGUUGAAGACAGCUGCCAGUCUGCGUCACAGUGGGUUACUGACAGCCGUGCUGGCCAAUCACUGGGUAGAUGACAGUGCCGCUAGGGACAGUCAAGCCCGCCUUCUGUGUCAGCUGGGCGGCCACUUUGAUCUGGUCCACCAGUCCUGUCGCACGGGUCACAGGGUCCCCGAGCCCGCCAUGUUCAACUCCGCUCUGCAGCACCUGGGAGUGACAUCACAGCAGGCUGUGUGGCUGGAUGCAGAUGAGGAGGGUGUGAAGGCAGCCGAGGGAGUGGGGAUGAAGGCCAUCUUGGUGGAAAACCUGGACGACGCACUGAACAAACUGGCCAUCUUUACUGGAGUGCAGGCUAUUGGAGCAGAGAGUCCUCCACCGUCCUGCAGCCCUGAUGAAGUGUCUCAUGGAUACGUCACCAUUAAGCCUGGUGUGAGGACUCACUAUGUUGAAAUGGGAUCAGGUCCACCAGUCCUGCUGUGUCAUGGCUUCCCUGAGAGCUGGUAUUCAUGGAGGUUCCAGAUCCCAGCCUUGGCAGCAGCAGGGUUCAGGGUGCUGGCUCUGGACAUGAAGGGAUACGGAGAGUCCACAGCACCCCCAGACAUAGAGGAAUAUUCUCAGGAGCAGCUCUGCAAGGAUUUAAUCACGUUUUUGGACAAAAUGUUGAUACCACAGGUCACCCUGGUGGGUCAUGACUGGGGUGGUGCCCUGGUGUGGAACAUGGCUAUGUUUUACCCUGAGAGAAUCAGAGCGGUGGCGUCCCUGAACACUCCUUUGUUCCCUGUGGAUCCUUCUGAGAGUUUUUCAGAGAAAGCGAAGUCCAUUCCCAUAUUUGACUACCAGCUCUACUUCCAGAAAGUGGGUGUAGCAGAGGCAGAGCUGGAGAAAGACUUAGAGAGAACGUUCAAGAUUUUCUUCUUCCGCAGUGUUGAGGAGGCGCAGCGUCCUGCUCUCAGCACUGCAGGAGUCUGUGCUCGAGGUGGUCUGUUAGUGGGCCUGCCGGAGCAGAUCUCCCGCAGCUCCAUGCUGACGGAGGCCGACCUGCAGUUCUACGUCAGCCAGUACAAGGAGCGAGGCUUCAGGGGACCACUGAACUGGUAUCGAAACGGGGACGCAACCUGGAGGUGGAUGUGUUCUCGUCCCAAUAAAAAGGUGCUGACGCCCACCCUGAUGGUGACGGCAGGUAAAGACCCGGUGCUGCUGCCGGCCUUGUCCAAAGGGAUGGAGGACUUGAUCCCGAACCUGAGACGAGGACACAUAGAGGAGUGUGGACACUGGAUUCAGAUGGACAAGCCGGCGGAGACAAACAGCAUCUUGAUUUCAUGGCUGAAAGAAACACUGAAGGAGGCGGCAGGCGGCGGCGUGGGCUCCAAACUGUGACAGCGCCACAGCAAAGUUGAUCUCUGUCUGAACAUCGCUUUCCUCUUUUACUAUAUAAUAAUCCCAAAUGUAACAUUUUGUUGUUUCGGACUGAAAGACGUCACCUUUGGUUGGGUAAAGUUUGAUGGACAUUUUCUAACAUUUCUGUCGCAGUAAUCAAUAAUUAAUAAGUCAGAUCAAUAACAGCAGGGUAACUGAUGAUGAAAAAUGUUGUUCUGUUAAUGAACCUUGAAAACAUGUUAAAGUUCUACGUCACUAAA